AUGGGUGUCACCGACAGAAUCAUUCAAAUUGGAGGCCAGAUCUCUGGCAACCCGACCGCUGGCGGUCGCGACAAGAUCCUCCAGAAGAACCCUGACGAUAUCGUUGUCACCGCUGCCUGCCGAAGCGCAUUCACCAAGGGAGGCCGCGGCGGCUUCAAGGAUACCCCCGCUGCUGAUCUCAUGGCUGGUGUCCUCAAGGCCAUCCUCGACCGCUCAAAGAUCAACCCUGCUCUCGUCGAGGACCUAUGUGUUGGAACCGUUCUCGCCCCCGGUGGCGGCGCAACUGAGAUGCGUGCUGCCAGCUUGGUCGCCGGUUUCCCUGAAUCUAUCGCCGUCCGAACACUCAACAGACAGUGCUCUUCUGGUCUCCAGGCUACCGUCGAUGUCGCCAACCAGAUCAAGACUGGCAUGAUCGACAUUGGUAUUGGUGCUGGCGUCGAGAGCAUGUCCCUGAACUAUGGCCCUGGCGCUGUCUCUGAGUUCUCAGAAGCCUUUGAGAACCACCCAGAGGCUGCUAACUGCAAGGUGCCCAUGGGUGUCCUCUCUGAGCAGAUGGCCAAGGACCUCAACGUCACCCGAGCUGCACAGGACGCCUUCGCUGCCUCAUCAUACCAGAAGGCAGUCAAGGCCCAAAAGGCGGGACUCUUCGACGAGGAGAUUGCUCCUCUCAAGGUCAAGUUCGAGGACAAGGAGGGUAACACCAAGGAGAUUACCGUAUCCAAGGAUGAUGGUGUCCGCGAUGGCAUCACUGCUGAGUCGUUGGGCAAGAUCCGCCCUGCUUUUGCCAAGGACGGUUCUAUUCAUGCUGGUAACGCCAGUCAGAUUUCUGACGGUGCUGCCGCCGUCCUCCUCAUGAAGCGAUCUACUGCCGAGAAGCUUGGACAGAAAAUCCUCGGCAAGUACGUUUGCGCCUCGAUUGUCGGUGUCAAGCCCCUUCUUAUGGGUCAGGGCCCCUGGAAGGCUAUCCCCAAGGCUCUCGACCUUGCCGGCAUCUCCAAGGAUGAUGUCGAUAUCUGGGAGAUCAACGAGGCUUUUGCCAGUCAGUGCUUGUGGUGUGCCAACGAACUGGGUAUUCCUCAAGAGAAGAUCAACCCCAAGGGAGGUGCUAUUGCUUUUGGCCAUCCCCUAGGCUGCACUGGUGCCCGACAGGUCUCUACUCUUCUAUAUGAGUUGAAGCGAACAGGCCAAAAGGUUGGCGCAACAUCUAUGUGUGUAGGAACUGGUAUGGGUAUGGCCGCCAUCUGGGUUGCCGAGUAG